GGCCGCCCCGAGUGCCGAUUGCUGUUGAGGCGGGGGCUGCCGCGGUGUACACGCCUCUCCUGCUGCCCGACGGGCCGGUGGAUGUGCUGGAGCGCCUCGACUUCGUCCUGAAGAACAUUUCGGAGCUCAGAAAAGAGGUGGAGGAGCUGCGGAGCAGCCUGCAGCACCUGGCCGCCGAGAUCGUCGGUGAAGUCAGGUCCCAUCUGGAAGAAACCCAGAAAGCGACUCGCCGGAGGCGGUUCCCAUUUGCCAGAGAAAGGAGCGAUUCCACAGGCUCCAGCUCGAUUUAUUUCACGGCCAGCUCGGGGGCAGCCAACACGGACGAUGGGGAGAGUGAAGGAGGGUACAGCACAGCCAACGCUGAGUCUGAUUACGACCGGGAGUCUGAGAAGGAGAGCGAAGAAGGGGAAGAUGAGGUGAGCUGUGAAACAGUGAGAACUGCGCGCCGGGAUUCCCUGGAUCUCGUCACCGAGGAGGAAGCGCCUUUACUCUUGGAUUCCUCGCUGGAGGAAGGGCUGGGGCAGCUCCUGCAGCAGGCUGACCGCCUGCACGCCGGGGACGAGCAGGAGAAGAGAGAGGGCUUCCAGCUGCUGCUCAACAACAAGCUGGCGUACGCCCACCAGAGAGAGUUCCUGUGGCGCCUGGCCCGAGCCCACAGCGACAUGUGCGACCUUGCGGAAGACGCGGAAGAGAAGAGAUCCUACGCCUCCGACGGGAAAGAAGAGCUGGAGGCUGCCUUGCAGAAAUGGGAUCGAAGUGCUGAGUGCCAUCAGUGGUACACCGUUCUCUGCGGGCAGUUAGCGGAGCACGAGAGCAUCCAGAAGCGCAUUCAGACGGGAUAUGUUUUUAAGGAGCACAUCGAUAAGGCAAUCGAGCUGAAACCAGAGGAUCCGAAGUCUUACUAUCUCCUGGGCAGGUGGUGUUACCAGGUUUCCCACCUGGGAUGGCUUGAAAAAAAGACUGCCUCUGCUUUGUUCGAAGCCCCCCCUACGGCCACGGUCCAGGAUGCGCUGCAGAACUUCUUACGGGUCGAGGAGCUGAGCCCAGGAUUUUCCAAAGCAGGGAGAGUGUACAUUGCCAAGUGUUACAGGGACCUGGGGAACAAGACUGCGGCUGCGCUCUGGAUGAAUCUCGCAGCGGAGCUGCCAGUACAUACGAAAGAGGAUGCAGAAAGCCAGAGAGAGCUUGAAGAGAUGCGGCCGGUUGGCGAAGAAUAA